UGGACGGGUUAUAUGGGCGAGAAAUACGAAUACGGGUUGGGUACGCCGAACAGUAUAUAUAGACCGAGGACUUUGUGUUUGAAACUGAUGAAUAGAUGUCACAAUGAACAAAGCGAAUAGAUUUUUCACCAUUGCAGCAUCACACUUUGAAUCCCUCUUACGAAAAUAUUCAGCUUCAAAUUCUCUUUCAGAAACCAAAAAACUUCAUGCUUUAAUCAUCACCUAUGGCUUAUUCUCAUCGUCCCAACUCUCCUCUAAGCUCGCCACAACCUACGCGCAAUGCCACCAUGCUUCCUACGCCUCCCAACUGUUCGAUAAAUUGCCUAAACGAAAUUUAUUUUCCUGGAACACUAUGAUGAGAAUGUAUGUUCAAAUGGGUCGCCCCCAUGAUGCACUUAACAUGUUUGUUGAAAUGCUUCAUUCGGGUCGGGCUAUGCCGGAUCACUUUACGUACCCAAUUGUUAUUAAGGCUUGUAGUGAGUUGUUGUUUGUUGAUAUGGGUGUUGGAGUUCAUGGGCAGACUGCUAAGUGUGGGUUUGAUUUGAACAGUUUUGUACAGAAUUCUUUGUUGGCAAUGUAUAUGAAUGUUGGGGAGAAAGAAGCGGCGCGGUUGGUUUUUGAGUUGAUGCAAGAACGUACGGUGGUGUCUUGGAAUACUUUGAUUAAUGGGUUGUUUCGGAAUAAUUGUGCGGAGGAUGCGUUGAGGGUUUAUAGUAGAAUGGUGGAUGAGGGUGUGGGAGUUGAUUGUGCUACUGUGGUUUCAGUUUUGCAGGCUUGUGGGGUUUUAAAGAAUGUGGAGCUUGGGAGAGAGGUUCGUGCGUUGACUCUUGAGAAAGGGUAUUGGGGGAAUGUGGUUGUUAGGAAUGCAUUGUUGGAUAUGUAUGUUAAGUGCGGUGAGAUGGAGGAAGCGCGUUUGUUGUUGAAUGGGAUGGAAGAAAAGGAUGUGGUGACUUGGACAACUUUGAUUAAUGGAUAUGUUGUGAAUGGUGAUGCAAGAAGUGCUCUGAUGUUGUGUCGAUCAAUGCAGUUGGAAGGGGUGAAACCGAAUUUGGUUAGUGUAGCUUCUCUGCUAUCGGCCUGUGGUGAUUUGGUUUCUUUGAAACACGGUAAGUGCCUACAUGCGUGGGCAAUAAGGCAAAACAUUGAGUCUGAGGUAGUUAUGGAAACUGCCUUAAUUGAUAUGUAUGCCAAAUGCAAUGAGGGCAACCUCAGUUAUAAAGUGUUUAUGAAAACCUCGAAGAAGAGAACGGCCCCGUGGAACGCAGUCCUAUCUGGGUUCGUACAUAAUAGGCUUGCUAGAAAUGCAGUACAACUUUUCAAAGAAAUGUUAUUGGAAAACGUGCAACCCGACAGUCCAACCUUUAAUAGUCUUCUUCCUGCAUAUGCUAUUCUUGCUGACCUCAAACAAGCAAUGAACAUGCAUUGUUACCUUGUAAAAUUGGGAUUUCUUUGCAAACUUGAAGUAGCUAGUAUGCUAGUUGAUAUAUACUCAAAGUGUGGAACUUUAGGAUAUGCUCACCAGAUUUUUGAUAUGAUUCCUCUCAAAGACAAGGAUAUUAUUAUUUGGACUGCAAUAAUUGAUGCUUAUGGAAAGCAUGGAUACGGUGAAAUGGCGGUCUCACUUUUCAACCAGAUGGUUCAAUCUGGAGAAAAACCAAAUGAAGUGACUUUCACCUCUGUUCUGCAUGCUUGCAGCCAUGCAGGUUUGGUUGAUCAGGGUUUGUCUCUGUUCAAUCUUAUGCUUAAAAAAUACCAAGUUAUUCCUAGUGUUGAUCAUUAUACAUGCAUAGUGGAUCUUCUUGGCCGUGCUGGUCGACUGAAUGAUGCUUACAAUCUUAUUAGAACCAUGCCUAUUACACACAACCAUGCCGUAUGGGGUGCACUACUUGGCGCCUGUGUGAUACAUGAAAAUGUUGAACUGGGAGAGAUAGCUGCUAGGUGGACUUUUGAGCUUGAACCAGAAAACACGGGAAAUUAUGUUCUGUUAGCAAAACUUUAUGCUGCUGUAGGAAGGUGGAGAGAUGCAGAGAGAGUCAGGAAUAUGGUAAAUGAGGUUGGACUACGAAAAACACCUGCUAACAGCUUAGUUGAGGUUAGCAAUAUGUGAACUGGACGUGUUCUUAUAGAGUGUGAUGUCAAGUUAACAACAUUAGCCACAAACAUGAAAGUUCUAUCGAAAAUGGGUUGAGGCAUUUCCUUCAUAGAGGGAGAAGUGCCUAUUACUUGUUGGCUGCCAUUGUGUUAAUUAUGAUGGAGAUAAAUGGUGGUCUUGUAGGAAACACGUAACUUUAAUUAUAUUUGACAGCAUGGAGUUCCAAGGUGGUGAACUGGGAUCCAAUUUCCCUGAAUGCACUUUGUUACUACCCAAUUGCCAAUACUGACUACCGGUGUUUUUCUCACACAUUCAUUAUCUUACAAGUUUCUCGAUUGCUAAUGCCAUGUUUGCGGUUUCACCGAAACAGUUUUCCAAGUUUUAAGGUUGUCAAAUCAUUGUGCGCCACUUAGUCCUUCCACAACCACUUACUCUCACAUUCUCUUUAUGAGUAGUUGGAUUUUGUUGCUACUUCUAGUUGGUUUAUGGAAUCACUGAACAAGAUAUGAUGAUUGUAUGUUCCUUGUCAUUGACUAGUUUCUAUGGAACUCAUAAUGAAUUCAUUUUGAUGACAAGCGUGUUCUGUUCCCAGAUAUCCAAAAAUUACAUAGUAACGCUUUGAAGAUGCAUGUAUCCGAGCUGAUACUGCAGUGUGAAAUAUCAAUGGAAUUUCAGUUUGUAAGAUAUGUUGAAUACUUGAGUUGGAUGAAAUCCCAUGUUCAUAGUUUAAGAAUGUUGAAUGUUAUUGUUGAAUUGGUUCCUUACAAACUUUGCGCCAAGUUGAGAAAGGAGUUGAGUAAACCCAUCUAUCGGGUUGUAAUCUUUGAUAUUUGUUUACUACAUUAGGCUCAGCUCCAAGUUCAAUGUGUUACACAAACGGGGUAUAAAUUGCAAUAAUUGAAAUUUUUAUGCCUACCUGAGGCUGAUGUCAUUUAACCAAUAGUGUGAUUUAUCCACAUAUUGGAGGCAUAUUCCAUUAAGAUCAAUACCUUAAUUAAUUCACAUGGAUCUAACCUUUCUACCAAGGAGAGCAUGGCUUUCUGAAACGGCGGUGUCAGUCACUGGUAUAUUGACAAUGAAGUGUUAACAGGCAUGGUGUAAGUGAUGGGAAAUUACCAAGUAUAUAUGAGUUGAAUGCAACCGGAAAGUCAGUCAUGUUUGAGCUCUAAUGUUCGUCUACUCCUAUGGUACAUAACUACAUAUGCUUUCAAUAUGUGUUAUCCAAGGUUGUAUGCUACUAUGCUCAUCUAAUAACCCAGCUUGUAAACUGCUUCACAAGUUUUCUCUAAAAUGUUAAUCAAGAUUUGUUCUUCGCUGAAAAGAAAACAAUUUUACGAAGGAGGCGAUAGCAACACUUUCACUGAGUUCCGAUGUAUAAAAUAUUUUUACAUGCUACCAAGUAAAAUCAAAUUGGAAGACAAACCAAACAGGAGGAUCAAACAACAAUUUAUCAAGAGAGACAAGCACUUUUUGGGGUUGAAAAGCCGUGUCACUUUUUUUUAUUAUGAAUUCAAUUUGUGUCACUCUAAUACCAAUAACAGAAUUGUUGGCAGUUGCUUGCAACAUGCCCUAAAGUUAAUAUGUUUGCUAAUGGUUAGUGUAGUUGAGAUUCGUACUCAACUCAACUUCAUAA